UGUGCAAAAUGUACUCAAUGAGACACCAUGGUCGAUAGCGGGAAAUCUAUUAAGGAUUGGCACUUUGCUUCAACAGAUUUCUGGGUGCAAGUUCAUGCCAUCCCUGAUGAAUUGCUAGAUCACCAAUUGGUUUCUCGUUUGCUACGAAUGCUUGGUUCGACAACUAGAAUUAUGUUUAUCACCGAGGUGAGGUCUGGACAGCGAUUGCAGUAUUAUAGAGCCUGUAUCACUCUAGAUAUCAAGAAGCCAUUGACAGCCACGUUACAAAUUCGACGCCGUAAUGGUGAUAAGCACUCAGUUGAUAUCCGAGGCAUCGGCGACAAGAAGUUUGGGGCCGUAUAUCUAAUAUUGGUUGCAUAAGGCAAGGAGGUUGGUUAUGCUUUGGUGAUUUUAACUCUUAUCUUUCUUGGCGUGAAAAGGUAGGAGGGUCUCAA